AUGACGGAGAACCAUGAUUUCAAGGCUCCCAGACCUAUGACAAACAAGAAGGGGCAAGACCCCAACUUGUACUGUGAUUUUCAUAAAGACUCAGGGCACUUGACCGAUGAUUGCUAUAGUUUGCGCCAAGAGAUCGAGAAAGCGCUAAAGAGCGGUAAGCUAAGCCACUUGGUGAAGAACGUGCGCAAAGAAACUCGUCAGCUCCAACGCCAUGACGAAGGAAAUCACAAGAAAGUCCGACGCUUAGAGACCCACAUGGUCAACGGACCGAGAUACAGCGUAAAAGAGAAAGGCAAACGCCCCUAUGAGCCUUCAUGGCAAGAGCAACAGGUCAUUUUCCCGGUAGUGCGCGGCGGUCCUCGCGCCACACGACCCGUCGUCAUUACCGGUAUCAUCGGCCAUUAUGAAACGGAGUACAUAUUCAUUGAUCCAGGAAGUACAACUGACAUCAUUUAUGAACAGUGUUUUAACCAAUUUGAUGAAGAGGACAAAGCGAGACUCGAGCCAGUUGAUUAUCCUUUGUCCGGAUUUUGCAACGAGAUGGUUUUCCCACUUGGUCAGAUCAGCUUCCCCGUCACACUAUCUGACGGGAAGCAUUCAAGAACAACAAAUGUGAAUUUCAUGGUGAUGCCCGUCAAGUCGAGGCAUGAUGUGUUAAUUGGGAGGGAAACCUAA